AUGUCUGCAAAUCUCAAAGAUGCCUCGCAGAUGCGCCCGCUACCCUUCCGUCCAAAACCCUCGUCGAUGUUAUGGGGUCAUCUGCUUUCGAAUGACAAAUCUAUAUCGCCCCUCCCAUCUGCGAAUCAAAACAAAUCGCUGUCUUCCCUGGCACCAAUUGCUCCUGUUGACAAGGCGGGGACCUCUCUACGUAUUCUUCUUCACGACACCCAAGCAAACCUGGAGAAAUUCUCUGAUCGCGUAACAAAACUCACAGGAGGUAUCGACGAGACGAAGAGGGAGAUUGGACUGGUCAAGACUCUGUUUCAUCAAGACCGCGAGAAGCUUCUUGAUGAGACAGUUGACUUAGCUAACAGGUGUCAGAGCGAGAUUCAACGUUCUCUGGGUACUCCGGCACAAGCAACCAGCAUUGAUGAGCUGCGUUCGGAGCUCAGCGCGGUCGAUCGCAAGCUGGAAUCGUUGGACAAGAAAAUUCACAUGAUGUAUAUGACCCAGUCGCAGGCACUGCAGACGCUUCAAGACCAGCAAGGCAAGAUGCUUGUCGCACUUACGCCGGUCCUCCCCCUGUUGCAAGCUUUGCCUUUGCAUAUAGAAAGCGCGCGGAAUCAAAUAAAGGACGAUAUUCGGCAACUGCAUUCCUCAAUCAUUCCAAAAAGAAGUCCACAUGAGGUUCCAGCCGACUCGCCCAGUGGCGCAUCUGUAUCUUCCUCGCCCAUGAACCAUCGAGAUAAGAGUCAACCUAACAAGAAACGCAAAUUGGACCAUAAUGCUGCAUCUCAGCAUGAUCGUUCGCCAAUCGCGGAUAGUAAUGUUUUUCUAACUCGAACGCCUCUGGCUACCGUCCCUAAGUCCGGGGUUGCUUCUACGCCUUCUCGCGCGCAUGAUGUCCGAGAGCGAUUGCCUCCGAGCAGCUAUUACCACUCUUUGAGCCGUCGACCUACUGCCAGCGAACAUCGUCGUAAUCAAUUUCAGACUCCUCGACGUGUGCCUCUCGCUGAUCUCUUGCUACCGAACGAGUCUAGGCGGAGUCCUGCAGCUGUCUCUACUCCUGGUCUCGUCAUGAACACUGGCGUCUCUUCCACGGCCCUCCAAUCUCCUACCUGUGUUGACACUCUUAAGACAUCCAGCUUGGCUGUAUCUGAUCCGAAGGCCACAAAUCGCAUCAAUACUGGCGGGCCCCAGCCUCUGGAAACGCCCAAAAAAGUGGAUUCGCUGGCGUCGAGCACAACUACGCUCUCGCAACGUUCCUCUGGCCCAGGUUGCGACGUCCAGGCCAAGGUGAAUUGUUCCGACGCACGGGCCUCAAAGCACCCCCUUGGCGAUGACCGAACCUCCAGCCCACUUAGCAGCGUAUCUUCUCAUAGUGCGACUUCUGGUCAUAAUCUCCUGUAUGCUCUGCACACGACGCCUCAAUAUGCGUCAUCUAUGGCUACUGCUCGAGAACCAGUAAUGAAACAAAGGUCUCCGCCAGUCACGCGAUCUGUACCGCGCACGCCGGUAUCUGGUAAUCGAUCUCAGCAGCAAGAUCAGGCGAUUACCACUUACGGCCUCUCUUCUAUAUCGCUGAUUCCUUCCGGCGGCACUACUCCGGCCCCAAGCACGAAGCCGAUGAGUUUGAAGGAUAGGCGAGCAAUGCACUCGACGCCUGCGUUGAUUGACGAGACGAGUGCAAACGUCUGUGCAUUUGCAAGCAGCUGUAUCACAUAUACCCGUCAUCCGCAGUAUAUCACCGAGCUCGAACUAGCGGGUAUGGUCGACGAACCGCUGUGCCCUCUUUCGACUGCCGAGAAGCUGGGACGAUUGCGUCGCCUACAACACAUGCGCUGUCACACAAAACUGGUUCGGGGACGUACUAUUCCGUACUACUAUCUCAAACCGUUCCAAGUCGCAGCUUGUGGGCUCCUUGUGCAAUGCGAUGACAAAGACGAGAUCAAUUUCUUCCAGUUCCCAUGCCCGUUUCUGGGAAACGAGGAGCGCGAGUGGACGAUUGACAGGACGAAGAUAAACCUGCGAAUUGAGGACUUCCACAAGCCUGCCAUGUUUCGUAUUCUGUCCAUCUCCCAAUAUGGUUCCCCCCAUCCUCUCGCCGCUCGCAGUCAAAUUUUCCUCGAUAAUGGACAAUCAAAAAGGGCCCAGAUCAGAAGAAAGCGAUAUGGUCGGAUAGAUGUAUGGGACUGGAAAACGGGGGGUUGUCUUUGGACCCUGCAAACCGACUUGGGGUACAUGGGCUUUGCCUCUUUCAACUUCCUCAACAACCACAAUAUUUAUGCGCUGCUGGACGACUCAGUAUACAUGUUUGAGCUGCCCACAAUUGUCAAUCAUACAGGCUCUCCGACCGUCCUCACUCUGGACGACGCGCCGUGUAUAUUAUGCAUGCCGGUGAUCGAUAAACAAACAUGGGCGCAUCUAAGCUCGGUCAACAGGUGUGACAGACCACGAAGGGAUGCUCGGUAUCCGUUCUACCCUUCUGCGAAGCGUGACCUCUUCACACCGUUGGUCUCAACAGAGGGAAGCUGGGCGGAAGCAUUCGUAAUUCCGAUGCCGGUGAUGCAAUGCUGGCUCAAAGAGACGGACACAAUGGAAGCGCAGGAAUGGAGCCAGAGGUUCCCUCGGAUUCAUCGUGAGGGGCUUCCCUAUUGCGCUUCAGCGCAGGGGAUGCAGUUGACGGUUGCCAAUGUUGAAUACACCAAAGAAGGUCGCCCCGAGCUUCGGGUCGACUUUAUGGACUACAGCCUUGGCUGGCGCCGAUGGAACGGAGAAUCGGCUCUUUGGGGUUGUGGAUGGACGUACACGGCUCGGAUCGAGGCGAGGCCGGCUCUCGAGGACUUUCGGGGUGGCGAUUUAAUCAUCAUCCCCGAUCAUGCGAUCCUGCAGGAGUAUGUCUUGGAAGAGACGGAGGAUCCUGCAUGGCAGAUCUACCACAUGGUUCCGAUUGACGCAAACUGAUGGCCGCGGUGCGUCAUACGCAAGUAGAGUUGUCAAGGCAUAGGCCGGGGGGAUGCGUACGGGGGUGCCUUGACCUGAGCAGCUCCGGGAUCAAGGGCUAUGACUAGUGAGGUAAUGUGAGUCGGAGCAUCAACACUGAGACGGAGACUACGCGAAAGACAGGUAUCCAAGGGAGUGGGAUUAGCUUUGCAGGAAAUACAUAGAAUACACAAAGGAGGAAAUAUCGUCCCUGCGGGACAUUGCUGUCAAUUUUGAGUACGUUUCUUUGUCGAAUUUGCUUUACCUCGUAAGCUAUAUUGUAGGUGAUCACGGAUGUAGGCUUGCAUGCCGCAAAAA